UGUACUGAUUUCGUACGUCGUAAGUACACAAUUAUGAAAAUCAUGUGACGACUUAUUUCCAGUUAAGUCACAAGCCGGAGCUAGACCAGUGUACGGUGCGAUAUAAGACAGAUCGGUGGAGCAGGUUCUCUUUUUUUAUAAGAAGUAGUUGAAAACGUUUCCUCAACAUGGGGAGUAUGUUCAGGAGCGAAGAGAUGGCUUUGGCCCAACUCUUCAUACAACCAGAGGCAGCUUAUUUUGCGAUAUCGGAACUAGGGGAAUCUGGAUGUGUACAAUUUAGAGAUUUGAACGAGAAUGUAAACGCCUUCCAAAGAAAGUUCGUCAACGAGGUGCGAAGAUGCGACGAAAUGGAGAGAAAAUUGAGGUAUAUCGAAGCUGAAGUCAGGAAAGAUUCUGUGAACAUACCGGACGUCAGCGAACUUCCGAAAGCUCCAAAUCCACGUGAAAUUAUCGAUUUAGAGGCGCACCUCGAAAAAACCGAGGGCGACAUCAAAGAGCUCAGCGAGAGCGCCGUCAACUUAAAAUCCAACUUCCUGGAGUUGUCAGAACUGAGGCACGUGCUAGAGAAAACGCAAGCGUUCUUCAACGAGCAAGACGAGGCCAAUGGUCUCGACACCACACACAAAGCGCUGAUUCCGGAAGAGUCCCAGAAUGUCUCCAUCAGGGGUCAUCUGGGAUUCGUCGCGGGGGUUAUUAGCAGAGAGAGAGUGCCCGGUUUCGAGAGGAUGUUGUGGCGUAUUUCCAGGGGCAACGUCUUCUUGAGGCAGUCUGAGAUCGAGAGGCCUUUGGAAGAUCCAGCCACUGGUAACGAAAUUCACAAAACAGUAUUUGUCGCGUUCUUCCAAGGAGAGCAGUUGAAGACCAGGAUAAAAAAAGUGUGCGCCGGUUUCCACGCGUCCCUCUACCCCUGUCCCAGUACUCUCGGGGAGAGAAACGAUAUGCUUAAAGGCGUUCGCACUCGCUUAGAAGACUUGAACUUGGUCCUCAACCAAACCAAAGACCACCGUCAAAGGGUGCUCGUGAGCGUGGCCAAGGAACUGCAGAACUGGAGCAUCAUGGUGAGCAAGAUGAAGGCGAUCUACCACACGCUGAACUUCUUCAACAUGGACGUGACCAAGAAGUGUCUGAUCGGGGAGUGUUGGGUGCCCUGUAACGAUAUCGCCACUGUCCAAAAGGCCCUCGCCGACGGUUCCAGUGCAUGCGGUAGCUCCAUUCCAUCAUUCUUAAAUGUUAUUAAUACCAACGAGGAUCCUCCUACGUUUAACCGAACCAAUAAGUUCACUAGAGGUUUCCAAAACCUCAUCGAUGCGUAUGGCGUCGCAUCUUACAGGGAGGCCAAUCCAGGCCUCUACACGAUCAUAACGUUCCCCUUCCUAUUCGCCGUAAUGUUCGGCGAUUGCGGCCAUGCCAUCAUCAUGGCCGUAUUUGGCACGUGGAUGAUUCUGUCGGAAAAAAAAAUCGUAGCUAUGAAAAGUAAGAACGAAAUUUUCAACAUAUUCUUUGCCGGCAGAUACAUUAUAUUCCUCAUGGGCUUGUUUUCCUUUUACACGGGUUUUAUAUACAAUGACAUAUUCUCCAAAUCCAUGAACAUAUUCCAGACGCAGUGGUACGUCAAUACGUCAAGGUUCUAUCCUGAAGACGAGGAGGAACACGAAUUUCUCCCCAAAGCCAACUAUUACGGUACUCCCUAUUUCAUGGGAAUGGAUCCCGUAUGGCAGAUGGCCAGCAACAAAAUCAUUUUUUUGAACUCUUUCAAAAUGAAAUUGUCGAUAAUCGUCGGAAUAGCCCAUAUGAUUUUCGGAGUAUGUAUGAGCACCGUCAAUUUCGUACAUUUCAAGAAAUAUUCGAGCAUAUUUUUGGAGUUCCUUCCACAACUUCUAUUCCUGGUCUUCCUGUUCUUUUACCUAGUCAUCAUGAUAUUCAUGAAGUGGGUCAUGUAUUCCGGAGAACUGGACGGUUGGGAUGAGCUUGUCGUCGAUCAACACGGCACGUCUUGCGCGCCAUCCGUCCUCAUCUACUUCAUAAACAUGUUCCUCAUGGGAGAGAGCGACCCGAAUCAGGGCUGCGAGGCGUACAUGUACGAAGGACAGAAGUUGGUGCAGAUGGUUCUUGUCGUUGCGGCGCUUAUUUGCGUCCCAAUCAUGCUGCUGGGGAAACCCCUCUACGUCAUGAUGACCAAAGACAAACAUGCGAAGUCCAAGACGCUGAAGAAUAAGACCAAUGGCGAUAUCAACCAAGGUAUGGAAAUGGAUGAGGUGGAGAACCAUCCGGAGGCCAACGGUUCGAAACAUCACGAAGAGGAGGAGGAGGAAGAGGAAGAGCCUAUUAGUGAAGUGUUCAUCCACCAGGCCAUUCACACCAUCGAAUACACUCUCAGUACGAUAUCCCAUACGGCGUCUUAUUUGCGUCUGUGGGCUCUGUCCCUCGCUCACGCACAGCUGUCAGAAGUACUGUGGAGCAUGUUAUUCAACUUGGGACUGACGAACGAAGGUUACAUCGGAGUUGCGUUCAUAUUCGUGUUUUUCGGGGCAUGGGCGAUUUUCACGGUGGCUAUUCUGGUGCUGAUGGAAGGGUUGUCGGCAUUUUUGCACACCCUCCGUCUGCACUGGGUGGAGUUCAUGAGCAAGUUCUAUGUCGGCCUCGGGUACGCUUUCCAACCGUUUAGCUUCAAGAUUAUUUUAGAAGAAGAAGAAUCUGGAGAUUAAAUUUUAUUGCAGUUUAUCGUUUUAUUUGUAGAAAGUGGGUUUACCUGACAUCUCCGCUCGAUUCGUUUUUAACCAUUUUUAAGAUGUAUAUAAUUUUCGUUUUUUUUUUCUCUAGCUAUAUCAGUUUUAUUAUUUCACUACGCAGCUCAUUUGGUUUUGCAUGCCAAGGACACAAUUAUGUUAAAAUUAAUUAUUUUUAGAUGCUUGAUAUGUAUUUCAAUAAAAAGUGGACCUAUAUUAUUUAGAUUACAUUGAGGAGGUGUUCGGUAAAAAUAAACACUACUAGAACCACCAUGUAAUUAUAUCUUGUAAAUAAAUAGUAAUUCAAACAUUA